CUUCAGAAAAUGGAAAAUCCUGAUGAACUGGCAGAACUGAUAAAUAUGAACCUUGCUCAGCUUUGCUCCCUGCUGAUGGCUCUCUGGGGACAGUUUCUGGAGGUCAUCACCUUGCAAGAGGAGGUCACAGCACUGCUGGCACAGGAGCACCACACAUUAAGGGUGCGCAGAUUUGCAGAGGCAUUCUUUUGUCUUGAGCACCCUAGGCAAGCUGCCCUUGCCUAUCAAGAACUACAUGCUCAAAGCCAUCUGCAGAUGUGUGCAGCUAUCAAAAACACCUCCUUCUGCAGUUCUCUUCCACCCCUCCCUAUCGAGUGCAGUGAACUUGAUGGAGAUACAAACUCCUUGCCUAUAAUCUUUGAAGACCGAUACUUGGAUUCAAUUACUGAAGAUCUGGAUGUGCCCUGGUUGGUAGUUCAGAGUCUUCCAAGGUCAGAGUCCAAUAAACUGGAUAAAUUUGAAGCUGAAGAAGGUUUUGUAGCUGGUUUUACUAGCCCGGAUCUGAAAACAAGACCUGCAGGUGCCUCCAACCUUUGGCAUUCAGAAAGCGAAAAGACGCUAACAAAAACUUUGAAAGGGAAAAAUGAAGAUGCAAAUAAAUCCAAAGUUAAGGUUACCAAGCUCAUGAAAACAAUGAAACCUGAGAACACAAAAAAAGUUGUGAAACAGAACUCUAAGGACUCUGUGGUCUUAGUAGGCUACAAAUGUUUGAAAAGUGCAGCACUGGAAGAUGCUUCUAGAAGCUCCGAAGGCAGGCCUUCAUGCAACGCUCACGAAGGGCUGGACCCUACUUUAGGUGGCUUUUCUUGCGAUACAAAGACCUGCACCAGGCAAAUAAGUCAAAGAGAACUUGAAUUUUUGCCAUCUGGAACUGAGGAAAAGGCUGCCAGGAUUGAAAGUGUCCAACCGGGUGCGGGUAGCCCCGUGCACUGCGAAAACGUGGCUGGUUUUGGUAGACUUGCUAUUUCCCAGACAGGUUCUGGGGCUGCACAAGCAGGUAGUGCUCUACCACCCAGGGGUACACUUGAGGGUUGUCAUGAAGGUCAACCAGGUUCCUCAGCAGUCAGGGCAAUUGAGAUCAAACCAAGUACUAAGCACCCCUACGAAGGGGAGAAGGUAACUUUUCACAUUGGGUCGUGGGCUGAGUUUCCGCAAGAUGGGGUGCAAGGAGAGAAUUUGCAGACUCCCAAUAUUCGGUCUUCAGAAUCUGGAAAUAAAUUGAAUUUGGGAGAACAGGAACCACCAGUGCUUGAAAAGGAAGAUGUCCACGAAAGAAACUGCAGACAUAGCAGUGACAUCUUGACAAAAAUGAAAAGUCAUCAGCCUGCUCUUUCUACAAAAGAAAGUCCACUUCCUGCAGGAGCAGACACAAGUAAGUUACCAGACGUUAGUGUGACGUGCGCCUCCUCUAGGUUCUCAGAUUCAGGUGUAGAAAGUGAACCAAGUUCCUUUGCAACUCACCCCAACCCCGAUCAGGUUUUUGAAAGCGUUCAAGGGCAAAGUGCGUGCAAUGGGGACAGAGCAUUUCCCCAGCUCCUACUAAAACCGGACUGUGCCCUAAAAAACGCUGUAGAAAGCCACUGCACUGAGAGUACCAGCGCUGUGAGUGAGAUCCAGUCAUCCCUGACGUCCAUCAACUCCCUGCCUUCAGAUGACGAUGAGCUGUCACCCGAUGAGAAUUCAAAGAUAUCUGUUGUACCUGAGUGCCAGUUAAGUGACAGUAAAACCGUGUUGGAUCUUGGAGCGAUCGACUUGCCAAAAUGUGACGACGGUCAAAAGUCGAGCACCCAUUUGCAGCAACAGUGUGGUGCAUUUUCAGGGCAGUCAGAUAACAAAACUCUGUCUGUGCAUUCCUCGCCCUCAGGAACAAAAGAUCUGUUACACUCGGUUGUUUCCGAUGAGGGCACAUCUACCGAUGUGAAAAGUUACAGCCCACAGGCAGACCUUAGCACAACCCACAAGGACUCUCAGGACCUCGAAAGGCAUCUUGACACUACAGAAGAAACAGCUAAAUUGCAUUUGGGAAUUGCUUGUGUGGGUGCGCCGCCUGCGGUUUCAGGUUCUUCGUCUGUAAAUGCGGUGUACGAGGUUGAGAAAGCACAUGAAGGAAAACAUAAGGAGCCCUUAGAACUAAAGGAGGCAACUGAGGAACUGUCAGGAGCUCAAACUGAACCUGGUCCAGAUAACCCUUCUCCAACCAGUAGUACUGACAUGGUAAAGCAGGGGCUGGUCGAAAACUAUUUUGGCUCUCGAAGCAGCACGGAUAUUUCCGAUAUUUGGCCUAUGGACAACAGCAAUCCUGUUAGCCCUCAAAAGGAACCGUAUGAAAAACAAAUCAGUUGCUCUUCCCAACAAGAGGAGGAAGAAGAGGAGGAUCAAGAAAUGAUUGAAAACGGGUAUUACGAGGAAACAGACUAUAGUAUAUUAGAUGGGGCUUCCAGUGCUGACCAGGAUCCUGGCCCAGCAGAAGAGAGAGCCCUGAGAGCUGACGGGGGGCAUCUGCGUGAGGGAAUGGCUGUGCCUCCUGUCUGCGCUCCUGGCUGUCUCUCUUUUCCUUCCUCUCUGAGGGACUCUCCUUGCAAUGUUAUCUGUUCUUCGAGGAAUAAAUCGGAUGCAAUCACACAGCAGCCGGGCAGCGCAGCCUACAGCUCGGCUUCGUCUGCUUCCUGGUAUGAAAGCUCCCCCAAACCUCAAAUGUUAGCUUUCCUACAGGCUAAAGAAGAGCUGAAGCAACUAAAACUUCCUGGAUUUAUGUAUAGUGAUGUUUUCAAACUGGCUUCUUCAAUACCUUAUUUCAGUAUGGAAGAGGACGACUGUUCAGAGGAAGGAAUACAUCUUAUAGUCUGUGUCCAUGGCCUAGAUG